ACAUUUAAAACGGUCAACGACUCGAAAACCUUAGUAACGCUAAGUCUUCAUUUCAUAAAUACCUUUCAUACAAAUAAAUAUUUUGCAUUGAUAACUAAUUUUCAGGAGUGUUAAUCUUUAUUUACAAAGAAAAUAAUGGAUACCACAAAGGAUCAUCAAAAUGUUAUUACCUUAGACGUCCAUGCUGCCAAAGAUCUGCUACAUUCAUCUGGUUACAAAUAUCUUGAUGCGAGGUCAGUGGAGGAAUUCAACAAAGGCCAUGUCGAGAAUGCUAUUAAUAUCCCCUAUAUGUUCAAGACAGAAGAAGGACGGGUGAUAAAUCCUGAUUUUGUUAGCCAAGUAGAAGCAAUAUGUAAGAGUGAGGAUCACUUAAUAGUGGCUUGCAAUAGUGGCGGAAGAUCAAGUCGAGCAUGUGUUGAUCUCCAUAAAUCAGGAUUUCAAAAUAUUGUUAACAUGGGUGGAGGCUAUUCUGCGUGGGCGGAUGCUGGAUUUGUAGGUGACAACCCUGCACAACACCUUAAAACAGCUUGCAAGUUCCGUCUAUAAUUAUGCUUGUCAACAUUGAAAGAUUGCCUACUAUUAUAAUAUUUCACUGCCUCUCUAAUGUAAUUUUAUUUUGGAAUAAUACCAUUUUACCCCUAUAAUAUAAGUUAAUUUGAUUUAUGUGUAA